AUGAACGGAACUCAAUCGAUAAUAAAAAAUUAUUUACUUAUCUUAAAAACACUUCAUGGUGAUCCAGGAGAAAAUAUUACUGUUAUUAUCAAAGGUAAUAGUGGACAAACAGAAAAAAUAUCAUUAGGAAAAUCACAGUCAUAUCAUAAAGCUUUUAAACAUAAUCAAACUGAUCUUUUUUUACUUUUAUCUAAUAUUGAUGUUAGCAAAAUAUUUCAAGUUGAAUUUUGUGCAAAUACAAAUUCUAAAUUUAAAGAAUGGAGAUUUAAUAAUAUUUUUAUUAUAGAUGGUACUCAUAUUUAUCGUGAUGUUACUUCGGAACAUUCUCUCCUAUUAUCUACUGAUAUUUCUACUAUGGUGAAUGUUACUGAACCAUUAAUUGGAUCUCAAGAAAGUUUCUAUUGUGCAUUUAUAAAAACUGGAAAUGAUUCAUGUUCAAAAGGUUGUUAUCCUACAUUAUCAUUAUUUGGUAAUAAUCAACAACAUACAGAUAUCAAUAUGAAAUCAUCUUAUCAUAUGCAUUCAUCAUCAACUAAUAAUAAUAUUGCUCUUGAAAAAUAUCAAUUUGAUAUAUUUCAAUGGCAAGAUUAUAAUAUUGGUAAUAUAGAACGAAUACGUUUACAAUUAUAUUCAGAAAAUAAAGAAUCAAAAUGUCAAUGGCCUAUCGAAUGGAUGUUUAUUAUUCAUAAUGGAUAUUCUUUUACAGGACGUAUUGUUCUUAAUCGAAUUAUAAAAACUGAUCGAUUUAUUGAUAUUGGUUUAGAACAAAAAAUAUUAUCAAUUCCUAAUGAAUAUGGAGAUUCAUCUCGUUGUCAAAAAAAAUAUGAUGAUAAUAUAUUUUUGUCGAAUAUUUUAAAUAAACAAUCGAAUGCAAUUUCUGAUGAUAUUGGUCGAUAUUAUGUUAUAAUUCGAAAUAUUGAUGGAACAAAUGGUAAUGUUUAUAUAAAUUUUCAUGGUGAUCUUUUAUCAUCGUCAGGUGAACAACAUUUAAUAAAAUGUGAAAAUUAUCCUGAUCAUCCAUUUGAUAGUAAACAUACAGAUUUAUAUCAUAUAAAAGCAUCAGAAGUUGGUCAUAUUCAUUCUGUAUCAGUACGUCUUGAUCAAACAAAUAAAGAUCAUAGUUUAACACUUGAUUGCUUAUAUGUAAUACAUAAUGCUAUAGUACAUGAAUUUGAUGUAAAAUAUAAUAUAUUAAAUAAAGAACAACCGAAGAAAAAAUAUAUUUCUCUAACACAUCCACCAUUACCAAUUGGUAAAGUUUGUUAUUAUAUUGCUACUCAUACAACUGAUAAAAUAUUAUCGAGAACAAAUGCAAAUUUUAAAGUUGUAGUAACAGGAACAAAAGGAAUAUUUGGACCAAUGGAAUUCAGAGAAUCAUUAACUAAUGGAAAUAAUCCAUUUGAAAAAGAAUGUAUUGAUUUAUUUCAUAUUGAAGAUGAUGAUAUUGGUGACCCAAUAUCUAUAACAAUUACAUUAGAACCAAACGGCAACGGUGCUAAAUGUGAACGAAUAAUGGUCAUAAAAAAUGGUGAAUAUAAUUCAUUAUGGCAAUUAGUUGGUGAUCUAAAAUCAAAAGAAUCCAAAACAAUUUCUUUACCUAUUCAGCAACAAAAAUCUACUAAAAAUCAGAUCAUUUCUGUCGAAGAUUUACACUUGAAAAAUGUUGAUGAAAUAACUCCAUUGUAUACUAUUGAACAAAUUAAUUCACUUGAAACUAAAACUCAACAACAUAUAGAAACAAAACCAAUAAUAAAUAAUAUUCAAACUUCACUUUUGAGUGAUUAUCAUCAUGAUAAUUUAAUAUUGACUGAAAUAGAAGAUCAUCAAAAACGUCAUAUAUUUGCAUCUAGUUUAUAUCAAGCUCAACAAAAUUAUCGUGAAUUAAGACGUUUAUUAAGAAAAAUGAAUGGAUCAAUACAAAAAGAAAAGAAAACACGAGUUUCACAGAAGCAAUCAAUAGGUUCUACUAGACAAAAAACUAAUCGAAUUUCUUAA